AUGGAGCCUCCUUUUCCACCUCCACCGACCACCACCAACGACACAUCCUCCACCGCCACCACCCCAACCCAAUCACAACCACACGUUGCUACUCAUGAUCCAGCCCUCUACUCUAACAUUCCUCCUUAUUAUCCAACUCCUCAGUAUCCCUUUUGGAUGGUUCAGAAUUAUAAUGGGAGUAAUGAACCGGCGGGUCCGAUGAUCCAUGCAGGGAACGGGUUACAAGGAAUGUUGUGUUCAACGCAACCAUUACUUGUCCCGUUCACGGAUCAUGAUCAAAAAAGGUACACGGAUGCUUAUAUGACUAAGGUGGCCAGGAUUAAUCGAAAGCUGGCUCGACAGAGAAGCCUUAGCUUGAAUAGAAGCGUUUCAAGUAGUGUGCCAAAUAAUUCAAUCCAAGUUCAAACAAGGAGAGAUGGUCGUCACGAGGUGCAAAACGGCACCGUUUGUGUCAGUAGAGAUCUAUACAAUUUCUACACCCCAGAUAACAAGAGGCUGAGAGAGUUGUUGAAGAAGGAGCUAAAGAAUAGUGAUGUUGGGUCUCUUGGAAGGAUUGUGCUUCCAAAGAGGGAGGCACAGGAGAAUCUCCCAAACCUCACAGAUAAGGAAGGAAUGCAAAUCGUGAUGAGAGAUGUAUAUUCCUACAAACAUUGGAGCUUCAAGUACAAGUUCUGGUCAAACAACAAGAGCAGAAUGUACGUUCUUGAAAAUACAGUAGAUUUUGUUAAACAAAAUGGGCUGGAGAUUGGAGACUCCCUCACUAUCUACGAGGAUGAAAGCAAAAACCUCUACUUCUCCAUCAAGAAAGCAAAAACACAAGUGGAUGAUGAGUCCUCAUGCAAUGAAAACAAGGACAACCACCACCACCAUCAUCUCUAUAUGUACCAAGCUAACAGAGAUCAGGAGGAAGAGGCAUCAUUAGCAAUACUGAUAGAACAACUCAAGCAUAAAGAACAGCAAGAAGAAGCAAAUACCCUCAUGAGUCUGUCCAUCGACGGUGGUACUGGUUCCUCAUCACGUGGAAAAAUGAGGGUCGUAGAUGAUGAUCACCAUGCCAGCUUUAAUGACUACUACUACACAGGAACUCUCGGUGUCCUCCCUGAUCCUGCUAAUCACUAUAAUUAUAAGAUCACGAUCGAUGAUGUUAAUGGGAAACAGGAAUGGUAG